CAAAAUCUGUUUUGAACAGCCCUGAGUUACGCACAUCUAAACGACGUCGCCUAAACACGGCCAAAACCCUAAACCACCCCUCUCUGAAACUCUCUGUAAAACCCCCAAUCUUUUUUGUUGUCUAUUGCUGGUUGAAAACUGUGUGUAAAACUAAAACCCCUGUGGUUGGUUUGGCGAAGAUGUUGCGAAGAAACAUACGGUUGAGGAGAGAGUAUUUGUACAGAAAGAGCUUGGAAGGCAAAGAACGAUUGCUCUAUGAGAAAAAGCGAAAGAUUAAAGAAGCUCUACAAGAGGGAAAGCCAAUUCCCACGGAGCUACGGAACGAGGAGGCGGAGCUUCGGCACCAAAUCGACCUUGAGGACGAAAACACAGCUAUCCCGAGGACGCACAUUGAUGAUGAGUAUGCAAAUGCAUCAGAAAGAGAUCCUAAGAUUUUGAUAACUACAUCUCGUAAUCCAAGUGCUCCACUUACACAGUUUGUAAAGGAAUUGAAGUUUGUCUUUCCUAAUGCACAGCGAAUGAAUCGUGGUGGCCAGGUUAUUAAAGAAAUUAUCGAAAGUUGCCGUGCAAAUGAUUUUACAGAUGUCAUCUUAGUUCAUGAACAUCGUGGUGUGCCAGAUGGUAUGACUAUAAGCCAUUUACCUUAUGGUCCAACUGCAUAUUUUGGAUUACUCAAUGUGGUUACAAGACAUGACAUUAAGGACAGGAAAGCCAUUGGAACAAUGUCUGAGGCUUACCCACACUUGAUACUUAACAAGUUUUCAACAAAGCUGGGGGAGAGGACAGCAAACAUUUUGCAGCAUCUUUUUCCGGUGCCAAAGCCAGAUACUAAACGCAUUAUAACUUUUGCCAAUGAGUCUGACUAUAUUUCAUUCAGGAAUCACAUUUAUGAGAAGCAUGGAGGUCCUAAAUCAAUUGAGCUUAAAGAAGUUGGUCCUCGCUUUGAAAUGCGACUUUAUCAGAUAAAGUUGGGGACAUUGGAUCAGGAUGAAGCGCAGACUGAAUGGGUCAUCAGACCAUACAUGAACACUGCCAAGAAAAGAAAGUUUCUUGGAGAUUGAUGCCACCUCAAAAAAUUUUGCUCUUUGCUUUUUUAGUUUCAGUUCUUGCUUGGAUUUUGCCCCAAAUAUGCUUGAGCUACCUUCUUUUAUUCUAGUAUUACAAUGUCGGGUAUAUCCAUAGCAAUAUAAAAACGCCAUGAAUCCAACUUUUUUGGUUUUAAUUUUUCAUCUUCGAGAAAAGUGAUUUUUUUUUAAUCACAACUUUAGAUAAUCAGUCUUGUGUAUGAUGCAAAGAGCCAAUCACUGCACCUUCACCUGGAAUACCAAUUUGUUGUACAAGUCACUAAAGUAACACAUCUACCCGGUGGGGGUAUACUUGUCAAUGAGUUUUGGGGAUGUUUUAUUGGUUUUGAUUCGGAAGUGUUUUGAUGUGACAUAAAGGUUAAUUUUUAUUUAUUUUUUAUUAUUUUUUU